CUCACAACUCAUCAUACAACACCAUCACGCCCUGGCCUGGACUGGCCUCUGUGAACUCUGCUCACACAAGCCACAGCCCACAGGUUAGUACUGCACCAGCUGCUAGCCCCACCUACCCUCUCCUGGCUACAUCACCGCUCAACAUAAAGCCAAGGAUGGCCCUAUAAAUCACCCCAAAACCCCAAGCCGCCACCCCACUUCACCACCACCCCCAGCCUCAACAAGGUCACACAAGUAGCACCAGCCAUCUCAGACAGGAUGAAGCUUCACACCACCACCGCCACCCUCACCCUGGCUCUCCUCCUCUUCCUCCUCCUGGCCUCACCUUCCCUCCAACUCUCCGUAGCUGGAGCACAGUUCUGCGACGGCAAGUGCGCGAUCAGGUGCUCCAAGGCGAGCCGGCACGACGACUGCUUGAAGUACUGCAGGAUCUGCUGCGCCGACUGCAACUGCGUGCCGUCGGGGACGGCCGGGAACAAGGACGAGUGCCCCUGCUACCGCGACAAGACCACCGGAGAGGGCGACCGCAAGCGGCCCAAGUGCCCAUGAUUUCCCAGGCAUGCGUAUAGACUAAGUAUACAUACAUGCAUGUAUACCGUGGCCAAUAGGCCAUGGAUGUGCGUCAUGUGUGUGGACAGAUCUGUGUCCUGGUACUCUGCUUGGCAUCUCAAGUUUCUGCUUUCUCUAGCUACUACUGCCAUGUACAUGAGACAGGACAUGGGGUUGAUGUGGUACUAUGUAUAUUGGUCGAGGUGAUAAUAAUGUUAUGUAUUGUAACAAUAA